AUGUGGCGCGGCUGCGUCUCGCGCGGCCUCUCCAAGGCAAAGGCCUCCGCCUCCAGGCUCUUCUCCACGACCUCGUCUUCGUACACGGUGGUGGACCACUCGUAUGACGCGGUAGUGGUGGGCGCAGGAGGCGCAGGUCUCCGGGCGGCCAUCGGGCUCUCGGAGCACGGCUUCAACACCGCCUGCAUCACCAAGCUCUUCCCCACGCGGUCGCAUACCGUCGCAGCGCAGGGAGGCAUAAAUGCUGCUCUAGGAAACAUGAGCGAAGAUGACUGGAGGUGGCAUAUGUAUGAUACGGUCAAGGGAAGCGACUGGCUUGGUGAUCAAGAUUCUAUCCAAUAUAUGUGCAGAGAAGCACCAAAAGCUGUUAUAGAACUUGAAAAUUAUGGAUUGCCAUUUUCAAGAACUGAAGAUGGAAAGAUAUACCAACGUGCAUUUGGAGGCCAGAGUUUAGAUUUCGGGAAAGGUGGACAGGCCUACCGAUGUGCAUGUGCUGCUGACAGGACAGGGCAUGCUAUGCUCCACACGUUAUAUGGUCAAGCCAUGAAGCAUAACACUCAGUUUUUUGUAGAAUAUUUUGCACUAGACCUUCUCAUGGACAAUGAAGGCAACUGCCAGGGAGUCAUUGCCUUAAACAUGGAGGAUGGCACCCUUCACCGUUUCCGUGCAACAAAUACAAUUCUAGCCACAGGGGGUUACGGCAGGGCCUACUUCUCAGCAACCUCAGCUCACACAUGUACUGGAGAUGGCAAUGCCAUGGUUGCACGUGCUGGUUUACCUCUUCAAGAUCUUGAGUUCGUCCAGUUCCAUCCUACAGGCAUAUAUGGUGCUGGAUGCCUCAUCACUGAAGGAUCCCGUGGUGAGGGUGGUAUUCUUAGGAACAGUGAAGGUGAGCGUUUCAUGGAACGAUAUGCUCCUACUGCAAAGGAUCUUGCUUCUCGUGAUGUUGUUUCAAGAUCCAUGACAAUGGAAAUUAGAGAAGGACGUGGUGUUGGGCCAUUGAAGGAUCACAUCUAUUUGCAUCUUAACCAUCUGCCUCCUGAAGUUCUCAAGGAAAGACUUCCUGUUUUGCCUACCGUUCACUACAACAUGGGUGGGAUCCCAACAAACUACCAUGGGGAGGUUGUGGAUAUCAAGGGUGAUAAUCCAGAUACUGUUAUUCCUGGUUUAAUGGCUGCUGGAGAAGCAGCGUGCGCGUCUGUUCAUGGUGCAAAUCGUUUGGGUGCAAAUUCACUUCUUGACAUAGUUGUGUUUGGUAGAGCUUGUGCAAACAGGGUAGCUGAGAUUUCGAAACCAGGUGACAAGCAGAAACCUCUGGAAAAAGGUGCAGGGGAGAAGACUAUAGCAUGGCUGGACAAGCUGAGAAAUGCAAAUGGAUCAUUGCCAACUUCCAAGAUCCGUCUUAACACACAACGUAUUAUGCAAAAUAAUGCUGCAGUUUUCCGUACACAAGAAACGCUUGAAGAAGGUUGUCAACUGAUCAGCAAAGCAUGGGAAAGUUAUCAUGACGUGAAGAUCAGUGACCGAAGCCUCAUAUGGAAUUCAGACUUGAUAGAAACCAUAGAGCUGGAAAAUCUGUUAAUAAAUGCAUGCAUAACUAUGUAUUCAGCAGAGGCUCGGAAGGAAAGCAGAGGAGCUCAUGCUCGUGAAGAUUUCACGACAAGAGACGAUGAACGUUGGAUGAAGCACUCACUGGGGGAAUCUCCAACGGUGUACCUCAAAUCGGACACAAUAAAAGUCCGUGGACCCACCAAACUUCCGUGGAUGCGCCCGCGGAUCCGGAUACGGGAGCUGGCCACCCAACCCUGUGCAGCAAACGUCCGCCCUUGUGCGUCCUUGUUUCUUCCUAUGAUUCCAAACAUUAAGUUUUCAAAUAAAACAAUUCAAUCUUGA